UUUUUAUAGUAGAAUCGUGAUAAACGCAAGUGAAUUCGUUGAUUUUUACCUCAAAUCGAUUGUUUUCGAAUAUCUAUUUUAUUCUCGGAAUAUGUUUUAUUCAUGGUGAAAACACACUCGGUCGUACUAUGGUGUUUCCCGUCAUACGACUCCUAUUACAGUGAAAUAAACUCAAAAUUUUGAAAUGUUCUCUGCUCAAACUUCCACUCAAGAUUUGAAUAGAUCAUUUAUCAGUUUCGCGGAUCCUGAGGAAGUCGAACCAUGGAAGGGCGUUUUUACCAAUUCGCUGAGAAAAGUGCUGGAGCAAGUUCAUCCAUCCCUGACGGCCGGAGAGGAUGCUCUGGAGUAUGUGGAGAGGUUGAUUAUUCAGUUAUUGAGUAUGCUGUGCUUGAAACCUUCUCCACAUAGUAUUUCCGAUGUAGAAGACAGAGUGCGAACCACGUUUCCGACACCUAUUGAUAAAUGGGCUCUGGAUGAUGCGAAGGAAGCGUUGGAAAAGUACAAAAGACGUAAUGGUCAGCUCGUCUUGCCUGUUGAACGUGUUCAUCAGAUGUUGCAAAAAGAGGUUUUGCAGUAUAAAUUGGAUAUGCAGGUGAUCGUAUUUAUCGUUGCUGUACUCGAAUACAUCUCGGCUGAUUUAUUCAAGCUGACUGGUAAUUACGUUAAGAAUACGCAUCAUGCGGAGAUCACGUGUCAAGAUAUCAGAGUCGCUAUGUGCGCUGAUAAAGUCUUAUCAGACAUGUUUACUCACAAUGGUACCGAAAGUGGAAACGAAAACGAUAUAAAUAUAGAAAACAGUACGUACGAAUACGCUGUCAAAGAUUUUAUACACGACGAAAAACAGCACUUGAGGAAUUUAAAUAUGAUCAACAAGGUGUUUCUGGAAGAGAUAAAUAACGUUUUACCUAUUCACGAAAUAGAGGAUCUUCAAAACAUGUUCCAGAAUUUGAACGAUAUAAGUGAUCUGACCUUUACAAUCGUUGCCUCUUUCGAAGACAUCUUGGAAAUGAGUGAAGAUAAACAACCACCUUUGGUGGGCAGUUGUUUGGAAGAAUUUGCAGAGGAUGAAGAAUUUGAAGUUUAUUCUCGAUAUACAGCUGACUUAUUGCAAGCCAACGGUCCCAAUCUAAUUAUAGAUUUGCUAUCGCGACAUAAUCGCUUAGACGUGUUACCAUCAGCUGGCCAGGGGUUUAGAGAAGCCGUCAAAUAUUAUUUACCGAGGUUACUUCGGUAUCCUAUAUGGCACUGUUUGGCAUAUUUCGAUUAUAUCAAGAUAUUUCAAGAUAUUUCGAUAAAAGAAGCAGAUAAAGACGAUCUAUACGAGGUCGACAGAGAUAAUUUAGAACAGUUAGAAGGACUGUUGAAACCCCUACAAGCGGACAUGACUAAAUUACUGCGUAAUUUACCCGAAAACGAAAAAGAAUACGGAGCUCGUUUACAUGGGAAACUACGACACACCGUGUUGAUGGAAAAAAUCAACGAAAUGAAAAGAACCGUCGACGGAUUCGAGUCCAAGUAUUCUAAACAAUUUUGUACUGAAUUAUUAAGAGAGGACUUUUUAAUGGUACAAAGCGGUGGUAAACGUGCGGCCGAAAGAAGAGCUACGCUUUUCGACGGCAUCCUGGUGCUCUGUAAACGUAAAAGAUCAGCGCCAAUUUCUAGUCAGGUUGGUCCUGGUGGAGUUCCCAUCGAUUAUAAGCUCAAAGAUAUCAUAUUUAUAAGAAAAGUCGAAAUUAAAGAUAGAGACGAUACCGAUGAAGUGAAAAACGCAUUUGAAAUAGUUCCCAGAGAUCAAUUACCGUUCACUUUUUUAGCAAAAUCGUAUGAAGAAAAAUGCCAAUGGAUGUCUGAUCUGGUUAUGUUGAAUAUUAGAUGUAUGUUGGAUAGAAGUUUGAAUAGCGUUCUGGACGAUAUAGAACGUAAAAAUCCAUUACAAAUGCCACCGGUAGAGGUUUAUCGAUUCGCUGAACCCGAUUCUUCGAAUAAUAUAGUUUUCGAAGGUUCAACUAUCAAGGGUGCCACUUUAAUGAAACUUAUCGAAAGACUGACAUUUCACGUAUAUACCGAUGCACAAUUCGAUCGUACUUUUUUGAUCACCUAUAGAACGUUCGUCACCGCUGAGGAACUGUUAGAAUUGCUAAUCGAACGUUAUAAUGUUCCGGAGGCUUUGGAAGCGUUCAGUAUACAAAAUACCAAUACUUUGACGUCCAAGGUUAAGGAAGAUAUUAAAAGAUAUAGGAAACAGUAUUAUCAACCUAUUAAAUUUCGAGUCUUGAAUGUAUUAAAACGAUGGGUCGAUUGUUAUUUUUUCGAUUUCGAGAACAACGUUGAAUUGUCAACCAAACUAGACAACUUUCUAGAUUCAAUUAGCGAAAAAUCUAUGAAAAAAUGGGCCAUCUGCAUAAAGAAAAUUCUUCAAAGGAAGAAAGAUCCGAACGAAUUAUGCAGAGAAGUCACGUAUGCUUUUGAUCGAGCGCCUCCUCCGAUCGAAUGGCACAUCAUGCUUCCGGAAGAAGAAUGGAAUAUUUUAACGCUCCAUCCUGUAGAAAUAGCUCGCCAGCUGACUUUAAUCGAAUACGACAUGUACAAAGUAAUGAGAAGUUCCGAGCUCGUGGGAGCCGCGUGGACCAAAGAGAAUAAAGAACUGCUCGCUCCUAACGUUAAGAAGAUUAUACAAAAAUCCAACAACUUUUCGCUAUGGUUGGAAAAAAUAAUCGUAGAAACGGAAAAUCUUGAAGAAAGAGUUGCCAUAUAUACUCGUCUAUUGGAGAUAAUGAGUGUUUUAUUGGAUUUGAAUAAUUUCAACGGAGUAUUUUCUAUAUUUUCGGCUCUUAUGUCCGCUUGCGUGUAUCGUCUCAGAUAUACUACAUCUAGCUGUCCACGAAAUCUGCAGAAGGUUUAUAACGAAGUAGAAGAAUUUCAUCGUCAACAUCAGAAGAAAUAUUUGGAGAAACUUCAUACGCUUAAUCCACCCUGCGUGCCUUUCUUUGGUGUAUUUUUGACCAAACUUAUACACACUGAAGAAGGUAAUGCGGAUUUCAUCAACGACCCACCCACCAUUAUAAAUUUCUCAAAACGAAGAUUCACCAUGGAAAUUAUCAACGAAAUUCAACAGUUUCAAGAUAAACCCUAUUGUUUAACUGUUGAGCCUAGAAUUAGAACGUUCCUGGAGACAAAGCUUUUAUCAAGUCCUUUUGAAGAUUUGUCGGAAGCAGACUUCUUAUCGUAUUUAUACGACAAAUCGCUAUUCAUCGAACCCAAAGAACCUAAAAUUGGAAAGCCUCCUUCCUUUCCGAGAAAAUGGCCUAAAUUGAACCUAAAAUCACCGGGAAUAAAGCUUCGUGGAUCGUCGCAGUCGUACAAAUCUAGUCACACGCCGAGUCUGAAGCCUAACGUGAUAUUCGAAGACGAUCAUCCGGCCGGUGGAGUAUCGCCAGGAGUAGUCGGUUGCAUUCCUAAUUCGAAAAUUCCUCGACAAUUGAAUCUGAAGCCGUCACCAGGUUCGAUGGUUCCGAUGAAUACGUCAUCCGGCGGACCAUUUUCACCUUCUACUAAAGAGUUCGCCGUAUUUACUCCUAUUUUUUUCGGCCCUGGCGAUUCGAAUGGUCGGAUACCGUCACGAAAGCAAACCUGCGACAUGAUCUCUUCGAACUCUGAAGAAUCGCAAACUGGUACAUCGAUGACCGAAGAUAGUGAGAAUGGUAAUUUCUUGGAUGGUCCCCCCGAAGGACCUCCACUGCCUCCUAGACGACCUCCGCCUAAAAUGCCACCGAUGAUGUAUGAUCUGCCUAGUCCUAAUUUACCCCCUCGAGAUAUAAGCCCGCCGCCAUUACCGCCGCGAAGGGAUUCCUUACACAUACGUCAAAGUUCAGUGGACACGACUCGCAUCAUGUUCGAACCAAUGUCGCCAUUUUUACCUCCUCUUAGCGGCGUCCAAGAUGCAAACGGUACGAAUAAUAAUUUCACCGACAGCGUCGCAGAUAAACGUCAUUUCGAUUUUAUUUCGAGUUUCAACAACUAUAACUCUAGUGAAUUUGAUAAUGGAUCGGAUUCUGAAAUGAGUCCCGAUACUUUGUCUCAGAAUCCUCUUUUAUUUCCUAAACAUUCUGAUUUACUGGUAUUCGACGAUAUUUUUCCAAAUCAAAAUCAUAUUGUAGAGGAAACAAAUGAUCAAAAAACUCCCCCGUGUUCGACGACGAACGCAUUUUUUCCAUCAUCGAUGCCUCAAACAUUCCUCCCCGAAUGGUCUGCUGUUCCGAAAAUUCAUCCUUUACCCAACGUAUCACUCCCUCAGCACGAAGAUACCCAUAAACCUGUACCGAGAUCGAUCAUAAUACGUAGAACCGUACCUUCGAUGUUCCAAUUCAACGUGAAUCGAAAUUCCAAUAGUGAUAAAAGUUUCGCUGGCGAGAAAACCGACUGAUGGUCGUCUAGUAAUCGAAACAUAAUAUUAUUGAUCUCAUUACUAGCGAAUGCAUUUAUUACGAAUUCUGUCGUUUUGUAAGCUGACGCUCGUUUUUUUUUUUUUUACAAAGGAUACUUACCUACCAUUUUUUAAAAGUAUAUUUCGCUAGUACCAAAGCUAUCAGAUAUUUCUUCCAUCCGUGAUGUUUUUUUUUUGUAGUGAUACGAAUAAUAUGUAUUCUUUUUUUUUUUUUAAAUUAUUAAUUAAUCGUUUAUUUGUAUAUUUUCGCGAUGAUUUUAAUGGCUGUUAUAUUAUGUUUUAAGUAGUUUUAAUAUUAUGUGUCGGCGAAUUUGUAAUUCGUUCGGUGUUUUUAUCGUGGAUCGAUGUCGAUUGUUUUUGUUUUUAACCUUCGGGACCAUUUUACUUUUUUUUUUAGAAGAUAUUUUUCUAAUGUCCUUAAUAAGAUACCAUUCGAGGCCUAAUUAUGCUGCAAACGUUGCUUUUUUUCAAUGUACCUACGCUUCUGAUAGAGAUUUUUUUACGAUGUGGGAGACUAUUUUAGCGUAGAAGAUGAACGAGAUUUUCUUAUAGGAAUUGGUGCUUUGUAUUUGUAAACAGAUUUUACCAUAGUAGUAUGAUAAUUUGUUAAUCGUCGUUGUCUUAUUUUUUUCUGUUUUUUUAUGUUCUGUCGUUUGUGUAAGUUUUUAUGAUGAACAUAUUAUUUUUGUUAUAAUAAAGGCUAGCCUUUUUUGUGGUA